AUGGAUAGAAUACUGCCUGAGUUUCUUAAGAAAUUAUGGAGAAACCACAACAAUGGUGACAGAGAUAAAGCAGAUCCUGAGGAAGGUAGGGACUGCACUAAAAUUGACAUUUUUGAUAAUGUGUUAUUUGAUCCACUUCCUGCUCGAACCCCUUCAUCAGAUCAACAGACCAACGGAAGUGACAUAAAAAAUGUCGCCAAGUCGCAUGAUAAAAUUGUUAUCGCCGAGACUAGAAACAAGUACGAUUGGAAGAUAUUACCCUACCCUAAAGAAUCUACAAAUAAAUUUAAAUCAGACGGAAGACUCACAACACCAUCAAAACAGUCGUCUUUCCGACAAUAUGACCCAUCUGCAUCUUCAAGAUAUAGGCCUACCCUCAUGUCAGAAUCACCCACAGAAUUAGAUCGAACUGAAAGGAGGAGAGAACAUCGCGAAACACUCAAAGAUUCGUACCCAAAUAAACAAUUUGACGGUCAAAACAUUCCAAUUAAACCGAGGUCUACCCUAGACAAUAAAGCUAAACCAGCACUGUCCACUAAUAGUUUCACGAAGAACGAAGUAGGGUUACCACACCAAAGCCGUGAAAACCGGGGGACACAGAAUGGUUCUUUGUCGUCGAGAUCAUUUGGGUCUUCUGAUCUUUCCAAUGACGAGGAGGCUAGACUACAACAUACAAGAGAAGUUUUAAAAAGGACCACGGACAAAAUCAGAAAGUCCGAAAGUAAAGAAUCAAAGACUUGUACUGACUACCCAGGAAUUCGCCUGUCAUCGACAUCUUUUGGGUCUUGUAAUAUUUCAAAUGACAAGGUGGCUACACUGCAACAUAGAAGAGAUGUUUUAAAAAGGGACACAGGCCAAAUCAGAAAGUCCGAUAGAAAAGAAUCAACAUUAUGUAGGCCUUCUGCUUACCCAGUAGUUCCCAAAAGAAAUGAAUUCUGCGACGAAUCGAAGAAAAAUACAAAAUGUCCAAUGACUCAAUAUGACCACUUGUCUUCAACUACCAGGCUUUCGUUCGAGUCAUCUGAUGGUACGGAUGUCGAUACAUCGAAAAGCAGAGUUAAUUAUAUAAAGAUGAUAUCCCCUCGACCUUUCAUAUACAGACAGUCAAAUUCAUUGGAAAAUAAGACGGCAAAAGAAUCAGGGAAUGGUAGCAGCAGCACAAAAGUUAUUGACACGUACACAAAAAAGAUCCAUGAUUCGAGAGAUGGAUACCAGCAAUUUAAUAUGGAGACAUCAACAGUAGAUACAAAGUAUAAAGGGGUCGCAACCGAUAAACGGACGCCAACGGACAAACAACCAAUAGUCGAUAAACAACCACUAGUCGAUAAACGACCUCCAGUCGAUAAAGGGAACGCAACCGAUAAACGGAAACCAGUCGACAAACAACCAGUCGAUCAACGAACAUCCGCAAACGAUAGUUCCGAAAUUGAUAAAUACACAAAAAAAAAUCAUUCCCAACUUGACAAAUUGCUCUCAGACUGUGUAGAGAAGAGCAGGAAUGACUGUCUCAAAAAGUCUGGUAAAUUAUGUGAUGCUGAGAAUGCCGGAGAACAUUCCCUUUCUACCUUGGAAAUAGGAACAUUAGCGAAAUAUCAUUCCCAAGGUGCCCGACCUAAAGAUUCGUCAUUCAUUAACAAAUCGAAAAACAUGUCACCUAAUCUUGCUGAAACCAGUGGUGGACGAAAUGACGUAAAGGGGCUGGAGCCAACUUCACAACAUACCAAAUUCGACACGAGACAGGAAGCAAAUGAUCAUUCCAAGCGAUCGAAAAAUAACGAAACACUUAACUUGGACCAAUCAAAAGUUAAAUCAGCGAAUCCAGAUCUGACUGAAAACAGUCGUCGACAGAGUUAUGUAAACCGGAAAUCUGAAACAAACCAAAAGGCUUCUCAUAAAAUAAUUGCUGCAACUGCUUCAGAGCAAAAAGGAUCCACUUCACUACAUGAAAGGAACAAUUCAUUAAACCAGGAUCAAUCAAAAAGCAAAAAGAAAAGAAAUCGCCGAAGGAGAAAGUCAAACAACCAUGAAGCAACCAAGGAUAAUCACCAUGUAACUUCUGCAACUCCAUUACGGCAACCAGAAAUUGGCAAUUCCCAGCCACUUGAACGGAGCCAAUCAUCAAGCCAGAACCAAUCAAGAAGCAAUGUCGUAAAGAACCCCAAAAAGCCUGAAACAACCCCGAUUAAUCCAACAAUAAUACAAGACAAACCAAUCCCGAGCAAAGUGCAUCUAACAAAUCAUUUUCAAAAGAUUGCAACCUGUCCAAAGUCAAAACCAAGUCGAAGCUUUUAUGUUGUGCUGCUGAAAAUCGAAAUGUCGGUACCUUUGGUUGCUCUUUUGGAUAUAAUUUUAGGCCCUGAUAGUGAACGCACUAUACUAUCUAUAGAAGACGAACCUAUCUUGGACCUUGAAAGCGCCACCCUGAACUUUUCCGACGUCCAGAAAGCUGAACAGGCUUUAAAGCAACUUCGUGAGUUCAACUGUCAAAAUCUGCUUUGUACCUGGACUACUGUGGAUAAGCGUAUAGAAAUUUUGAAGACAUAUUUUAACGACUUUGAAUUUCAUUCUUCUGACAUUUUGAAAACUCACGAUGAAAAAAUUCAAGCCAUCCGAAAACAAUUGGAAAGUUGUGCCUUUGAUGAAAAGGAAGCCUUAAAGAUGCGGAAAGAGGAGCUAAUACUACAGCUUAGAGAGUUUACAAGUUUUUCAAAAACGGUUCGGGAAUCUCUUCGCCGUUCCAUUCUAUUGGAGGAUGAACAAUCGCCACCUGAUGCGGCGAUCCAAACAGCGAUUGAGACUCUGGAAGAACUCGGAAGCAUCAAGGAUGAUAGGAUUACAGACAUUGGGAAAUGGUUGGUGAAGAUUCCCCUCGAGCCGCGAUUUGGUUGUAUGAUUAAAAAGGGGUUUGAAAUGGGGUUCGCCUAUGAUACCAUCGUAUUUACUGCUUUAUGUAGUUCCUCAGGAUCUAUAUUCUAUCGAGGAGGCAAUGAUCAGCAGAAGAAACGAAGCGAUUUGAAGAAGCUGACAUUUUGUGACACUAAGGGUGAUGCUUUUACUUAUUUGAAAAUCUACAAGGAAUGGGAGCAAGUGACAGAAAAACGGAAGAAUAAAUGGUGCUUUGAUAAUGCCCUUAAUUCCAAAUCACUUCGCGGAGCCAGAGAAUUGGUGAACGAGAUAUGUUCUAUUUUUAAACAUAACUGGUCCAUUCUCGUCAAGAAAACUUUUUCUACCAAAGUGGAACUUGAAGAAGCUCUCCAGAACAUUAUCCUGUUUGCCUUUUACGAGAAUAUUGCCCAUUCUUUAGGCCACAAUAGGAUGGGUUACUACAUUCCUAACCUACGACAGAGAGUCUUUGUCCAUCCGUCGUCUGCCCUGAACUCUUUAAACGAUUCGAGUCAAUGGUUGGUGUUUAUAAACAUUCUGAAAACUUCAAGAGAUUAUAUAACCGUUGUGACGCCCGUGGAGGAGUCAUGGAUUCGUAAGAUCACCUCUUUAAAGACCAAACAAUUUGAUAUCGACGAGGCCAAGAGGAAAUCAGUGUGCUCAGUUCGUAAUCAAUUUUUCGGUUCCACAACAUAUUCAUUCUUUGUUGGUCCUGCACACUCGAAGCUGAAGGCUUAUGAAGAUUUACUAUACGAAUCGGUACAAGUCCCUGUGGUCAUAGAAGCUGAUCGAAAAACUGGGGAAGUCAAAUUCAUCUGCGGAUUUAAUGUGGCGCUACCUGGUGAUUUGAUAGACAACUGGAUAGUCGAGGCAAGAAGUCACGUGAUACAAAGAACUGCUGAAUAUAAGGUUGGUUCGAACAACCAGGCUGGUGGAGUUCGAAUCGUUCUUGGUUUAGGUGGUGAAGGUCAGCUGAUUCUGAUGCCUGACGAAUACCGGAAUAUCCACAUCAAAUCGUCAGGUAAAGAGACCAGUAAGGAGACGGUGGUGGACAAGUUCAAAAGAUUUGGACAGAUUGUAGACUGUUGGGAGGACAAACGAUCUUAUCAUAGAUGGGGUCGAGUAACAUUUUCUACACCAGAAGCUGCUGCGGAAGCCGUAAGAAGAACACAAGAUGAUCCAAAACACGCAGCUACCCCGGAAUUCAAGAUUCAAAAACACGCCUUCUUCCAAUAUCAAGCGACUAUUGAGUGGGUAAGACGAAAGCCAACUGGACUGGUUUUUGUGGACAUGGAUUAUUUGGAGGCGAUGUCGGUGAAGUCACUGCGCGAAGUUAGGAUACUGGGACAAUCAUGCAGCAUCUCUUUGGAUAAGAAGAAGCGCGGCACCGUGCUUCUUCGCAAAGUGCCAACUAUGGUAACGGAGCAAGAUAUUCAAUAUUGCUUUCCACAGCAUUCCCAAAGGAGAGCUAUAACUAAGAUAAGCAUCAUACGAGAGAAAACCUUUACGAAUCCAAACGAAAUCCCAUACUUCCAACAACAGAUACACGACCAGUUUCAAGAAUUCGACCAUGAUAUGAAAUUUGUUGUGGAUGUCAUGAAGCCGUAUGAUAGUAACAUCAAUUUUAGAGCAUUCAUAAAGUUCAACGAUGCUUCUCAAGGCACAAUGGCGUGUGAUGCUCUACGAGGAAGAUUAAUAAUCAAUGGUCAAAAAGCAAAUCUAACACCAAAACUAUCGUCGUCUCUCUCAGUAUCGGAACAAGUCUACCAAUUACUUGAAGACGAAAUUGAAGAUUUUACAGCCGAAUUAAGAGAAAAUGGCACCGAGUUCAAGCUAGACAGUAAGAAAUUGAAGAACGAAAGACGAGUGUUUAACAUAUCAGCUUCGAAUUCGAAUGAUCUCGUGCAGAUUCGACUUGGAUUGGCGGCCAUUGUACAAGGGGAGGUAAUUGAAUAUUGGAGCAACGAGAACAACCGGUAUUUAUUUCUGAAAUCCGGUCGCGAAUUUCUCCGUAGUUUGGAGAAGAGAACCAAUACCAUUCUUCAAGUGGACAACAGGCUGCUCAGUCUGAGAGUUUUUGGAUUGGAAGAUAACAUAUUAAUGGCACAGAACGCAAUUGAUCAAUAUCUAGGAAACAUGGUUGAAGGCGAUGGGCGUCGGGAAAUCAAACUGGAUGGCAAGUCUCAACCAAAAGGCUUGAUGAAAACCCUAGUCACUCGUUAUGAUUUAGAACUGGAAGGUUUUGUACAAGCGUCUGGACUGCAGUCAGCAUUGUUGAACCACCAUAAUCAAACGCUGAAGAUAUCUGGUGAUUCAGCAAGUAUAGAAAAAGCGACCGGAUUGAUCGAGUCAUUGGCUACUGAAUUGAGGAAUAAAAUCACGAAGACGAAAAUUGCAGAGUUGCCAGAUUGUUGCACUUGUCUAUGUCCGGUACAAAGUAUGGACUAUAUAUACCGACUAGAAGCAUGUGGCCACGUGUAUUGUCUGGAUUGCAUCAAGCGGCAGAUAACUGUGGCUGUUCAAAGUAAAGAGUUACCGGUCUUGUGUGGAAAUUGUCAAGACCCACUUGUUUGGUCAGAUUUUGAAUUUUGCUUCAAACGACUACAAAUCAACCCUUUAGACUUAGUGAGAACAGCCGUGUCAGUGUACAUGAUUAGAAACAAAGAUGGCUACCGACAUUGUCCUACCCCUGACUGUCCAAUGGUUUAUCGUAUUACUAAGAAGUCGGAUGUCUUCAACUGUAACGAAUGCGGCAUGAGAAUCUGUACGUCCUGCCAUGUUGAAUACCAUGAUGGUUUGACAUGUGCUAUGUUGAAGAGUUCUAGUGACGUUGACUCAGACAUGGAGAAAUAUUUGAGAGAAAAUGCUACAAGGGUGAAGAGAUGUCCGAAGUGUUCUACUCCGAUUGAGAAAAAGUCCGGUUGCAAUCAUAUGACAUGUAGUGGAUGUAAAAUCCAUUUUUGUUGGCUUUGCUGUCAGGCUUUUACUACAACAAGUUCCGUUUAUGGUCACUUGAAUGCACAGCAUGGUGGAAUAUUUGAUUUUCGGUGA